AAAAAGUAAUUAUCUUCGUGUAUAUAAUACGGCAAAAAUUCAUUCUGUUCGUUAAUAACAAAAUUGGUAGACUUCGACAGUGACUAUUUACGAAACGUCUUUAACAUGAAAAGUGCCAUUGCUCUCGCUUUAUUUGCCAUUUUGGCUACCGCAUACUGUCAUCCUAACAGACAAAUCCAGGUUAUACUCAACGAACUUUGUGUACAGCAUGGUGAUGGUUACCUGGUACCCGACAUUGCUGAUUGUUCUAAAUUCUACGAAUGCGUUGGCAGUGCAGGAACCCACUUUCAACUCGCUUGUCCCAGCGGAUUGGUUUACAACACCAAUCUGAAGGCGUGUGACUAUCCUGAUAGUACCAGAUGCUCUAACAUCUUUGAUCUUCAAUAAUCUGCGUCACUUAUUUAUUAUACGCAUGACAUUGUACCUAUAAUAAAUAGUACUUUAGAAAGUAAAUAAAAUAGUGUGCAAUUUAUAA